AUGCGAGUGAAAGCCCUCUGCAAGGACUGCGUGGUGGAGAGAUGCCGGGUGCUGCGGCUGAAAAGUCGGCUAAGCGAGGACUACAAAGCCGUCUGCAACCUCCUCAAAGCAGCCGUCAAGGGGAGCGAUGGGUUUUGGGUAGGAAAGUCCUCCCUACGGAGCUGGCGCCAGCUGGCCCUGGAGCAGCUGGACGACUCGGACGAGGACACCGAACCAAGCAAUGGCAAGAUGAACGGUGACGCCAAGGAGAGAGAGGAGCCCAGUGCAGAGAAAGGAGGAGAAGAAGAGGAGCUGAAGUUCAACGAGGACAUUGUCUGCCCCCACGAGCUGUGCCUGGACUGCCGAGAAGGACUGUUGUACCAGCAGCAGAGAGACCUGCGUGAAUACACCCAGGCUACCAUCUACGUGCGGAAAGUGGUGGAUGAUAAAAAUCGGUUUUACACCCUACCCCCUCCUCUCCAGCCAGAAAAAUCUGGGGAUUCAAAGGGUCAUGAAGGAACUGCUCCGGAGCUGAAUGUCAGCAGUUCGGAGGCCGAAGAAGAGCGGGAGGAAGCCAGGGCAGAAGGGGAACACGAUCCGGACUUCAACCAGGCGAACAGCAAUGCCAAGCGGCAGAAAGUCUCGCACCCCAACUCCGUGGUCUGUCAGAAGCAGGGCAUCCGGCGCAGCACCCGGCACAGGAGGACGGGGGAAAAAGCCCUCCUCGUCUCCGCCAACCAGACGCUGAAGGACCUGAAGAUCCAGAUCAUGCACGCUUUCUCUGUGGCUCCCUUCGACCAGAACCUCUCAAUUGACGGGACGGUGCUGUCCGACGAUGUGGCCACGCUGGGCAGCCUGGGGGUCACUCCCGAGUCUGUGGUUCUGUUGAAGGCCGAUGAGCCAAUUGUGGAUUAUGCGGCGAUAGAUGACGUUAUGCAAGUCUGCAUUCCGGAGGAAGGUUUUAAAGGGACCGUCUCCUUGGACACUAACGUUUGUUCUUCGGCCAGCCGGCCACUCCUGAAAUUGCCCGAAUGGGAAAGGAUUUUGGGCCCUCGGGGGGGAAAGCAACCGGCAGCCUCUCAGAGGGACAACCCCCCCCUUCAGUCCGGCCACCCCCACGGCCUCAUCUUGGUGCAGAUUUGGGAGAGAGGACUCCCGAGAGGGAGCCCCUACUUGAUGUCCCCCUUGAAACAGAUUCUUGAAACAGAUUUUAAAAGCGGUUGAAGAAGCCAAUGACGGAUGGCCUCCUCAAGACGGGAGCGGGAAGCACGUCGGCCCCCAGAGCUCCUCAAGCAGACAGCGGCCAACCCUCUUUCUGGGGACCCCUUCCUGAGCACCACUUCUCCCUUUGGGGGCCACUGUUCCUGGACCGAGGCAUUCUCCCCCAAAUCGGGGCCUUCUCUCCAGGACAGCUUGUGAUGUCUGACCAGAGAGGGGCCGAUGCGCUCCCGAAGUUUGCAGCCGCUUCCCCCCC